ACAAGUGAGGCAAGCUUAAACCUGCCAUCUUCUUGCUAGCAGUGAGAUAACAACAUUACGAAAUUAUAUUGUUAUCGACUCUUUUAAAUAUGUCGUCGAACAGGUUUCAGCCUUUCAAUUUACUGGAGAUCUUUUUGGGCAUUCUUCCCGGACGGGCGUCACGUCAAUUUUACUCCUUCAAAUCAGAGCUUGACGGGUGGUGGAAAUUGCUGCUCUUAAUAUACUGAGAGGGAAAAAAGCGGAUAGAUUGUUGAGAAGAGAAUGUUGGUCUUUGAUGGGGCCGAGAGUUGGGAGAAACAGCAAGCAAUGUGGCAAAUUUUAGUGGGCCACAAGAUAAAAGUAAUUGUCGUGUUUGACAACAGAAGUAGCAGUGAUUUCUUAAAGCGACGCAUCAGGUUCUUCUUUCUUUGCAUAUAAUUUCAUUACAAAGGUUUGCACUUGUGUUGUGGUUUUAUCUGUUCAAUACACAAAUCAAUAUGCAUAACUGUUCUGAGAUAUUGCUGUUGUUAUUUGCUGGGAUACAUCUUUGCUGAACCUUCCUGAGCUUUACAGACUGCUGAGUUAAGUCUUCUAUUUUUGUUUUGCUGCUGUUGCUCAGUUCUAUAUCUUCACCUGCACUUUUAAAUAAUAGUCCUUUAAAAAAAUUAGCAAAGGAAAAAAUAAAUAGAAAAGGGAAAUAUUAAAAAAAAAGGGUGAGGGAGAGAUAAUAAGGUGGAAAGAGAUGGAGAUUAUUAUUUCAGUUGCAUCUAAAAUUGGUGAAAACUUGGUCAAUCCAAUUGGCAGACGGAUUGGAUAUCUUAUUGACUAUGAGAGCAAUGUUAAGGUUCUUAAGGAUGAAAUAGACAAACUGAAUGAGCUAAGGGACUCGAGUAAACAACUGAGGAAUGCAGCUACUAGCAAUGGUAGACUUAUCACACAUGAUGUCGAGAGUUGGUUGACAGAGACGGACAAAAUAAUUGAAGAGUCAAGGGAGCUUUUGGCGAACGUUGUUGAAGGAGACAGGACUGCUUUAUACAGGUGGCAUCCAAAGAUUAGGUUAUGUUAUUACUCAAGUAAGGAAGCUAAGAAGAAGACUGGGCUUGUUCUUAAGCUCAGGGAAAAAUGGUAUAAGUUGGAUAAAAAAUCCUAUCCUGCUUCUCCACCAAAUCUUGGAUCUAUGUUCAUUGAUAGUUUUAAGAGCUUUCAAUCUAGAGAAUCAAUAAUAAUUGAGGUUAUGGAGGCUCUGAAAGAUAGUAGGAUAAACAUGAUUUCUAUUUGUGGAAUGGUAGGCGUGGGUAAAACCACAAUGGUUAAAGAAGUCAUAAGAAGAGUAGAGGCUGAGAACAUGUUUGACAACGUGGUGAUGGCAAAAGUCUCUCAGUGUCCUUGUAUUCAAAAGAUUCAACUCGAAAUUUCUGAUAGGCUAGGCUUGAAGCUUGAACAGAAAGGGUUACAUGGAAUAGCAGGUCAUCUGCAGAUGAGUCUGAGACGUAUUAACAGGAUCCUGAUAGUAUUGGAUGACGUUUGGGAAAAGCUCAAUUUUGAGGAGAUUGGUCUACCUUCAGCACAUCAGCAUCAGGGAUGCAAAAUUGUUUUAACAUCAGGAAAUCAAGAUGUUUGUUGUAGGAUGAACAGUCAAAUAAAUUUCAUUCUUGAUGCCCUUUCUGAACAAGAGGCGUGGAAGUAUUUCGUGGAGGUAGCAGGCAAUACUGCAAACAGUCCCGAUAUUCAUCCUUUGGCAAAAGAAGUUGGAAAGAAAUGUGGGGGUUUACCAGUCGCUAUCACUAAUUUGGGAAAUGCACUGAGAGGUAAAGAAGUGCAUAUAUGGAAGGAUGUGCUUGGGAAAUUGAAGAAGGCUAUAAAAGUAGAUGUUUUAGAGAUGGAAAAUGAGGUAUAUUCUAAAAUUGAGCUGAGUUACAGCAAGUUAGAAAGCAAUGAGGCCAAGUCUUGUUUUCUGCUUUGUUGUUUAUUUCCUGAAGAUUCUGAUAUCCCAAUUGAAUAUUUGGUCAGAUAUGGAAUGGGACUAGGGUUGUUUGAUGGAGUUUAUACCUUGAAAGAAGGAAGGAAUAGGGUGCAUGCCCUAGUCGAUAAGCUAAGGACAUCCUUUUUACUAUUCCAAAGUAGCAAGGUGGAGUGUGUCAAAUUGCAUGUUGUUGUCCGCAGUACUGCCCUAUCAAUUGCAUCCAAAAGAGAGAACAAGUUUCUAGUACUUCGUGAUGCUGAAAGGGAAGGGCUGAUGAAUGAUGCAUACAAUAGUUUCACUGUGCUUUCAAUUGUCUGCAAUGAUACAUACAAAGGAGCUGUUGAUUUAGAUUGCUCAAGACUUAAGUUUUUGCAGUUAGUCUCCAUCAACUGUUCCUUGAUUGUGAAACUUCAAGACUUAAACUCUGCAUUUGAAGGAAUGAGAGGGGUUCAAGUUUUAGCUUUUCUGGAUAUGCGUAUUUCAUCAAAUUUAGUGUCAUUCCAUGUACUGGAGAAUCUUAAAGUCUUAUGUCUUGGUAAUUGUUGCUUUGAGGCAAUGUCUAGCUCCACCAAAGACCUGUUCAAAAUUGGAAUUUUGGUAAAUCUAGAGAUUCUAAGCUUUGCUGGUUCUGAUAUUAUGGAGUUGCCGAGAGAAAUAGGACAACUAAGUCAUCUAAGGUUGUUGGAUUUGACAUCAUGCACUUCUCUCAGAAAAAUUCCAGUAGGUGUUCUUUCAAAAUUAUCCCGACUAGAGGAGCUAUAUAUGAGAAAUAGCUUUUCUAAAUGGCAAUCUGCCUGUGGAGAUUUUGAACAGAAAAACAAUGCAAGCAUUGCUGAGCUUGGUUCUUUAUCUGGUCAUUUGAAGGUUUUAGACAUUCAUUUACCAGAAGUCAAUCUUUUGACAGAAGGCUUGAUUUUUCAAAACCUGGAAAGGUUUAAGAUAUCUGUAGGCUCCCCUGUUUAUGAAACGGGUGCAUAUCUAUUUCAAAACUAUUUUAGAAUUUCGGGUGAUAUGCAUGGUGCUAUUUGGUGUGGUAUUCAUAAACUUUUGGAGAAAACUCAGAUUCUGUCAUUAGCUUCUUGUUAUAAACUUGAAUGUAUCAUUAAUGCCAGGGAUUGGGUGCCACAUACUACAGCCUUCCCCCUUCUAGAGUCACUUUCACUCAGAUCGUUGUACAAACUAAAGGAGAUAUGGCAUGGGGAACUCCCAAAGAAUCCUAGUGGCCUUCCAUGUUUUGACAACCUUAGGUCUCUUCAUAUACAUGACUGUGGUAAAUUGAAAAAUGUUUUUUCUCUGUCCAUAGCCAGAGUUUUGGUACAUCUUGAAUACUUAGACUGCUCUCACUGUGGAAAAAUACGAGAAAUUAUCUCAAAAAAGGAAGGUGAAGAUUUCAGAAUUGCAGAAGCAGCAGAAAAUACUUGGUUCCCCAAAUUAACCUACUUGGAGCUGGAUUCUCUUCCAGAACUAAUAAGUUUCUGCCAAGCUAUGGCUGAUGCAGUUGCUCAGCGACCUUCAAACCAUCAGUUAGAAUGGUCUGGCUUCAAACAAAGUAUAUGUCCACUUGACAAGAUCAAGACCCAACACAGUCCACAUCAAGUACACGACAUCUCCAGAUCAAGAUACAUGCUGGAGCUUGUCUCUAACAAACUAUUUACAUCCUGCUGGAUGCAGUGGUUGCUGAAUUUGGAAUGGCUUGUACUGAAAGGGUGUGAUUCAUUAGAAGUGGUAUUUGACCUAAAAUACCAAGGAAAUGCUGCUCUUUCUUGCUUAAGAAAGCUUGAACUGCGAUAUUUAACAAAGCUUACACAUGUUUGGAAAAAUUGUUUUCAAGGAACUCAGGGCUUCCAAAACUUAAGAUUGUUAACGGUAGAAGGGUGCAGAAGUUUGAAAAUAUUAUUUUCACCUUGCAUUGCCACCCUUUUAUCUAACUUGCAGGUUCUAGAAAUUACUUCUUGUGAGGCUAUGGAAGGCAUUGUCCCAAAAGCAGGAGAAGAUGAGAAAGCCAAUGCUAUGCUGUUCCCUCACUUAAAUUCUCUGAAGCUGGUGCAUCUUCCAAAUCUUAUGAAUUUCUGCUCAGAUGCCAAUGCUUCUGAAUGGCCGUUACUGAAGAAAGUGAUAGUCAAAAGGUGUACCAGAUUAAAAAUAUUUGAUACAACAGGCCAACAGCUAGCGCUAGGCGGCCACACUAAAUCGAUGACUAUAGAACCUCUCUUUAAUGCAAAGGUGGCAUUGCACAUGAUAGUAUUACAUCUGUCUUGCUUGGACAACUUAACAAGGAUAGGGCAUGAUCAACUUGUGGAUGGCUCCUUAUGCAACAUAAGAGAGAUAGAAGUUGAUAAUUGUGAAAAUUUACCGAAUGUCUUAGCCUCCAAUUUGAUAGCACGAUUCCAAAAUCUAGAAAAGCUUUUUGUGUAUCGUUGUGCUUCAUUAUUAGAUAUUUUUGAAUCACAAGCACAUGCGGUAGAUGAACAUACAAAAAUAGUCUACCAGUUAGAAGAAAUGAUUUUGAUGUCUCUCCCCAGACUUUCGAGCAUACUGGAAAACCCAGGAAGAAUUAUAUGCUUUCAGAGACUUAGAACGCUUGAAGUUUAUGAUUGUGGAAAUCUGGAAAUCAUAUUCUUUCUUUCUCUGGCAACAAGUCUUCAGCAACUCCAGAUGCUAAAGAUAUCUACUUGUCAAAAGGUGGAGAAAAUUGUUGCACAAGAAAAUAAAGAAGCACAUGAAGCAAGGAAUAACCAGAGAUUGUUUCGUCAACUUGAAUUUCUGGAGCUUGUCAAGUUACCCAACCUUACAUGUUUCUGUGAAGGGAUGUAUGCUAUUGAAUUGCCAUCUCUAGGAGAACUGGUUAUAAAAGAAUGUCCGAAGGUGAAGCCUCCCACUUUCGGACAUCUGAAUGCACCAAAGCUAAAAAAGGUCUGCAUUGAAUCCUCCGAGUGCCUGCUAAUGGGAGACUCUAGUAAAAAUGUAGCUAGCCAAUUCAAGAAAAAGGUGGCAUUGGACAAAUUGGAGACAUUGCAUAUAUCUCGUGUGGACAAUUUGAGAAGUGUAGGGCAUGACCAACUAUCAGGUGGCUUUUUACGAAAACUUAGAGAAAUGGAAGUUAAAGAGUGUAAACACUUAUUAAAUAUUUUUCCUUCCCACAUGAUGGAAAUGUUUCUAAAACUAGAAAAGCUAACUGUACGUUCCUGUGCCUCCUUGUCUGAAAUAUUUGAACCUAAACGAGUGAGUUUGGAUGAAACAAGAGCUGGAAAGCUGAAAGAAAUCAAUCUGGCAUCUCUGCCAAACCUUACACAUCUACUGAGCGGUGUAAGGUUUCUGAACUUUCAGCAUCUUGAAAUCCUAAAGGUUAACGAUUGCAGCAGUCUCAGAAGCAUAUUCUGCCUAUCUGUGGCUGCAAGUCUUCAGCAACUCAAAACACUGAAAAUAUCGAAUUGCAAAAUGAUUAUGGAAAUCAUUGAGAAGGAAGAUGACAAAGAGCAUGAAGCAGCAGAUAAUAAGAUUGAGUUACCUGAGCUACGGAAUUUGACAAUGGAAAAUUUACCAAGUCUCGAAGCUUUCUAUAGGGGGAUUUAUGAUUUUGAAAUGCCAUCACUAGAUAAGCUGAUUUUGGUAGGAUGCCCCAAGAUGAAGAUAUUCACUUAUAAACAUGUGAGCACGCUGAAGCUAGAGGAAGUGUGUAUUGAAUCCCACCACUGUGCAUUAAUGGGAGACUUAAAUACCACCAUAAAUUACUUCACCAAAGGGAAGGGACCGGCUGUAGAUGAUGACACUACUGCACAUGAACAAAUCGAUAUUUUGGGAUAUCAUGAAAAUAUGGACUAGUGGACAAUAGAUGUUUUCCCGUCGAGAAAUUCUGGCAAACAGGUGAAGGUGGAGGAGAUGAGAGUGUGGCGCAUGAUUGGUUGCGGAGUACCAAAAUUCACACAGGAGUUCUACUUGUUAUAUCCAGGAUGAGCAAUGAAACUUAAUGGACAAAACUGCUAUCAAGCUCACCCUGUGGUUCGAUUUGGCCUAGUGGUGCACAGUACUCUUGGAUGUUAUUGAUCAACAAUUAUUUAUACUUAUUUUAGCGUGUAUCCUUACACCGUACUACCUUAUAUUUUAGACAGUGUGGUCACUCACUAAAUUCCCUGAAAAUAAAUUGUAAAUACAAUAAAACCCUUGGCUUCUGUGAAAAAGAUGAAAUAAUUGUUGUAUUGAA